AUGAUGAGCGACGAGUGCGAGAACGCAUCCUGCACAACGCAUAUCACACUCCUCCAUGAGCUCGACACAGCGCUGCAGAUGACCUCCACGUCUGAGAUCAGCGAGAACGCAUCGUCUUCAAACGCGUCCUCGGUGUCAGCAGGGUCGACUGCAAUUCCCGAGUGUGCGAGCACGCGCUGCAACACGCCUGAUGUGACAGCUACUGCUGCUGCAUUACCGCUUUUCUCACGGGUGCUCUCGCUGCACCCGUACGGCGCCAACGUCCCUCCGCUCUACAAGCUGUCCGCUGAGGACGCUGCGCUGCGCGCUCACAUUGCGGUCAACGCUAAGCUCCUUCUUCACACGCUGACCGGCUACGAGGCGGACGACAUCAUCGACUUGCUCUACGUUAACGAAACGUGGUUCUCGGCCGAGGUGCUGAUCUACGCCUUGUGCUUGGUGAACCGCCUAACCUCCCGCUAUCCAAGCUGGCGUGCCCCGCACGCCGAGGCGGACCGCGACGAUGCCAGCGCGGUAGACUCACCCGUUCGCUGCAGCUACACCUCCGGCGUGCAGACCUCGCCCCCCACACUCACGCACGUGUGCAGCAGCACCUCCAGCGACGCCAGCCACAUCGACAACGACGACAUCACGAUGAACGAUCGUGUAUCCGAGUUGAAAGAGCGCAUUCACAGCUCCAGCACCAACAGCCUCGGUGAUGUCUUUAACCGCCACAACACACGCCGCCGCAUCGUGGCGCUUCUCUUGAUCGCCGGCAAGUUCCACGGCGAUGUCGUCUAUAAUACGUCCUCGCUGGCGAAUGCGCUGAACAAGUUCCGUGACGAGAAGCGCUCGUUGCAGGAGCACUGCGCUACUGUCGCCCCGACCGCUUCUACUGCGACCACCUCGGCCAAGUUGAUGCCGAGUCGGCCCCCUCCCCGUAUCGCGCCUGCCCACCUUGGACAAUGUGAAAAGUGGCUCUUCCAAGAACUGGGCUGCACCGUCUUUGUGCACAGGAAGGAGUACCAACACUGCGAGGACAUUGUCUUUCGAGGAAUCUGA